ACCCAAAAUGGCGGACAUGGUAGGGAAGAUAAAUAUUACAUAGAAAUAUAAACCCAUAUUCUACAAUAAACCCAGCACCAAGAUGGGGACUCCAAAGCGUGCACUCGACACCAACAGGGAUUUCGUCACACAGUACACAUCUGAUGACACUGAUCGGAUCGUAAUGAGAAUCACCAAUGGUGUACGGAGUAACAAGUACAAGGAUGUGAACUACGACAAACUCAGGCUUCUCGCUGCAGAGAAAAAAUUCUCGGCUCACAAAUCGUUGCUUAAAGUGAAAAAAAUUGAACAAAUGUCGAAACAAACUAAGGAAAAUAAUUUAAUGAAACAACAUAAACUUGUGUGGCAGAAGGAGUUCAUUCGAUUAAGCAGCCUGAGGAAGCGACUACAGGGCGAGAUAGAGCGACAUCGCCGGGAACAUGUAGGCGAGCCAGGACCAUGUUCUAAUAUGUAUCGGGACUUUGAGGACUAUGAAUCAAAGCUGGAUCUUGAUUUUGGAACAUUUAAAACACAAACAGCAGAACCUAUAUGGGAGUUAAGGGAAGACCUGCAGUUUUGGCUUCAUGAAAACAUGGCCGACCUAAAGAUGGGCUCUCCCGACAUAGUACAGAAGCACAUGGAGAUAAAGGAGACAGUCAAAUCAGUCCAGGGUCAACAGAAACAGGUCAUGGAAAAGCUCAAGUACGAACAGCAGAGUCUGGAGCAUGAGCUCGGUAUGGGAGAGCUUGGAGAAAUGGUCCAUGAAGAGCAGGAUACAAACAUUCACAUAGAACAGGGGAUACCGGAGGCAGCAUUUGAACUGGAAUGUAAAGAUUUUGAUCUCAAGGUCAAUGUUCUUCAAGAGUUUAUCCACAUGGAUGAGUCGUUCAGGGAGAAAUUACACGAACUGGAGGAUCAGCAUGCUCAGAUAUUGAGGUCCGGUAAACAUGGAGGCUGGUCAGAGGAGGACCAUUUUAUGUUCUGUGUAGUCUAUGAACAGUACCCUCAUGAAAUGGCCAACAGGCGUAAGCACAUUAUCGACCGGUUACGGAGGCAUUUCCCUAAAAUGUCACGUGCCCAUAUGGUUAUGCAUGAGGAGUGGUGUGAGAGCAACAAGUACUUCCGGAUGAGAAAACAGGUGUUGAUGGCAGCCUGGCAGAAGGCCAGAGAUGAGCUUCUAUACAAGGCAAAGUCUGUCUUUAUGGAGGCUGACAUUGCAGCCGAACUGGAGGAGGUCAAGAUAGAAUACCUUCGCAAACAAAAACAAGUGAAGCAGGCAUUAUUUGAAAAGUUACAUCAGUGGCGAUGUCAGAAGAUGGAAGCAAUGCUCAUCCAACAGAACAUGCUUGAACGGCAACAAGAAGAACUGAGUAUGUACAACAAGAUGGAGGCAGAGCGGGAGAGGAAGCGGAGAACCGUCGAAAAGGACAAAAUAACCAACUUCCAUGAAGAACAGAUGCAGCUCCGUAAGAGACAAGAGGAGGGUGAUCAGCGUCGGUUAGAGGAGAUACAGAGAAACAUGGCGGAACAGGCUAAAUUUGACUUUGAAAGGAUCCAGUAUAGAGAAGAACAAAUUCAGAGAAAAAUUGAGGAGAGGAAGAGGAUGGAGGAGGAUAAAGAAGAAGAAGACAGACAGAGAGAAGAACGAUUAGAAACACUUAGACUACAGGUGCGAGUGAUAGCGGAGAGUGACCCAGAACGUAUGAUGAAGAACACACAGGCCUGGGACGCUCGUCUGAAUGGGGAAGUAGAAGAGGAAGUCAACAUCAAUAAACCAUUGUUUGAGGUCAAUUCCUUCACAUCACAACAGGUGACCUCUGACCCUCGGCUGAAACUGGAAACGAGGCUGCGGGAGGCUGGAUUACACAACUCAGACUAUGCUAGACACAUCAUGUCUAAUGUUAAACCAUUAAACCCACCACGGAGGGACAUGGAAUCUACACUCUUCAAAAAUGACUAACAUAUCUCAGAAUGUUACUGUGUUCAGGCUAACUACAGUAAUAUGUGAUUCAAUUUUGUUUGCCACUCAAGGGACUUAAAGUCGUAACUGUUUUUAAAACUGACCUAAACUUCUCACCAUUUUCUUAUGGCCUCUCAAAUAAAAUUGCAAGAACAGUGUUAAAAACAUGUCGAAGAAUUUGUAACCCCUUAAGGGGCAGAUCUUUGUAAUAAAAGUAAAGUCUAAGAAUAUUGUGAAGGAAAAUUCCUUACUUUUAAUCUAAUCUUAAUGUGAACUAUUUCACUUUUUAUACACUGCGCAAAUUAAAUUUGGGGGGGGGGGGGGGCUUAUAUAGAAAUCACUGUCCGUCCGUCUAUCCGUGAUCCUCAUAAGCAAACUCUUCCUUAACCGUGUGAUGGAUUUUUCUGUAAUUUUACACAGUGAAAAUACAUUCUACAUGUGCAUGGAGAAAGGAUUUGGCAUUUGACUAGUUUUACUUUGAGCUAUAGCCGUUUUAGUCUUUCUGCGCCAGAAACCUUGCAAGCGCAACUCCUCCUUAACAGUUUGUUGGAAUAUUUGGUAGCUUGGUGCAGUAAAAGCCAUCAUAUGUUAAUGUGAAUAAAUAAAGAAAUUUGUGAUUUGACUAUUUACCUGGAGUUAUGAUCCUUGAAACUUUAAAUUCUUCUCCAGAAAUAUGGUAAGCACAAGUUGGGGAUGGAGUUAUGGCCCUCGAAACUUUACAUUCUGCUCCAGAAAUAUGGUAAGCACAAGUUGGGGGUGGCGUUAUGGCCCUUGAAACUUUAAAGUCUGAUCCAGAAACAUGGUAAGCACAAGUUGGGUAUGGAGUUAUGGCCCUUGAAACUUUACAUACUGCUCCAGAAAUAUGGUAAGCACUAGUUGGGGGUGGAGUUAUGGCCCUUGGAACUUUAAAUUCUGCUCCAGAAAGAUGGUAAGCACAAGUUGGGGGUGGCGUUAUGGCCCUUGAAACUUUAAAUUCGGCUCCAGAAACAUGGUAAGCACAAGUUGGGGGGGGAGUUAUGGCCAUUGAAACUUUAAAUUCUGCUCCAGAAAGAUGGUAAGCACAAGUUGGGGGUGGAGUUAUGGGCCUUGAAACGUUAAAUACUGCUCCAGAAAUAUGGUAAGCACUAGUUGGGGGUGGAGUUAUGGCCCUUGAUACUUUAAAUUCUGCUCCAGAAAUAUGGUAAGCACUAGUUGGGGGUGGAGUUAUGGCCCUUGGAACUUUAAAUUCUGCUCCAGAAAUAUGGUAAGCACAAGUUGGGGAUGGAGUUAUGGCCAUUGAAACUUUAAAUUCUGCUCCAGAAAGAUGGUAAGCACAAGUUGGGGGUGGAGUUAUGGCCCUUGGAACUUUAAAUUCUGCUCCAGAAACAUGGUAAGCAAAAGUUGGGGGUGGAGUUAUGGCCCUUGGAACUUUAAAUUCUGCUCCAGAAAUAUGGUAAGCACAAGCUGGGGAUGGAGUUAUGGCCCUUGAAACUUUACAUACUGCUCCAGAAAUAUGGUAAGCACAAGCUGGGGAUGGAGUUAUGGCCCUUGAAACUUUAAAUUCGGCUCCAGAAACAUGGUAAGCACAAGUUGGGUAUGGAGUUAUGGCCCUUGAAACUUUAAAUUCUGCUCCAGAAACAUGGUAAGCACAAGUUGGGUAUGUAUUUUUGUGAGCUUACUUACAGUUACUCUCGUUACUUUUGUAGCUUGAAAUAUGGAAUUGUCUGUAAAAUUUUAACCUUUACAGUAGAAACACAUCUUAGUAUUAUUUAGGUUACUGUACAUGUAUAUAUAUAUAUAUAUACUGUAUAGUGCUGAAUCAGUCAGGCUGGUGCUCCUAUUACCGUAACAUGGACCUAGUAACAUUGUCAGAUUUGACAUCUGAUUAUAUUGUCUUCAGGAAGGCUAGACAAGGAUUUAAGUGGCAUAAUUAUCUUUCAUCUGUAAAUUUUGUUACAUGUGAAGUGAGCUAUUGUUUUCCAAUUCGUGCCAUGUCUAAACUGAACACUUGUAAAUAAACAUGGUAUGCUUAAAUUGAUGAAGUUACUUUCUUGAAAUCUGCAUUUAUCACAUAAUCAGCCUGUUAUCCAGUGAAUUUGCCCGUGUCAUAUUGUUACAUUAU